AUGCCUCCAAAGAAUCAAUCACCUGAACUGAGACGAAGACGUACCACUUCAAUUGGUAGAAUAAAUUUAGGAGAUACUUCUGUCCCAAGUUUGUCUACCAUGUCUGUGACUGAAGAAAGUAAGCAUGCUUCUGAGGCAAGACUGAAGCUGUUGUCUAGCUCCUCUGAAAAGGAUAUUGAUGUCUUGAGAAAAUUAUGGUUGUCUUAUAGAGAGCUCAGUUACCGUCAUUCAUGGUUGACGUCGCUAUUGAUUAUCUCCGUUAUUUACCUGUUCUACAUUUGCUCGGGUAACAGGACUGCAUCCAACCCAUUGCAUAUGUUUGUUGCCAUUUCUUAUCAAAUUGGCGACACCAAUAUGUAUGGUAAGGGUCCAAAGGAUCUAUGUUUCGUCUUUUUCUACAUGAUCUUCUUUACCUUUUUACGUGAAUUCAUCAUGCAAGUCAUCUUACGUCCAUUGUCUAUCAAAAUGGGUAGCACCAGGGAAAAUAAAAUCAGAAGAAUGAUGGAACAGAUGUAUUCGAUCUUCUACUAUAGUAUCUCUGGACCAUUCGGUCUUUACAUCAUGUACCAUACUGACCUUUGGUUGUUUAGAACAGAUACGAUGUACAAGACCUAUCCAGAUUUCAACAACGAAUAUCUGUACAAGAUAUUCUAUUUGGGUCAAGCAGCAUUCUGGACCCAACAAUCUUGUGUGCUCACUUUGCAACUGGAAAAACCAAGGAAGGACUUCCAAGAACUAAUUUUCCAUCAUAUUGUCACAUUGGCUUUGAUCUGGUUAUCUUACGUGUUCCAUUUUACUAAGAUGGGUCUUUCUGUUUAUGUCACUAUGGAUGUUUCGGAUUUCUUUUUAUCCUUGUCUAAGACUUUUAACUACUUGGACUCUUCUUUAACUCCGCCCUUCUUCCUUUUCUUUAUUGUUUCCUGGGUUUACUUGCGUCAUUACAUCAAUUUAAAGAUUCUCUGGUCCUUGUUAACUGAAUUCACGACUGUCGGUAACUACACGUUAAAUUUUGCAACACAACAAUACAAGUGUUGGAUCUCUCAACCUAUUAUUUUCGUCCUUUUGUUCGCGCUACAUUUGUUGAACCUAUUCUGGUUAUUCUUUAUCGCCAGAAUUUUGUAUCGUCUAGUGGUACACGGUAUCCAGAAGGAUGAAAGAAGUGACAGUGAAUCAGAGAGCGAAAAUGAACCAGAAAAGGAGUCUGCUGUAGAUGAAAAGAAACAAUAA